UUUUAUAGGUCUUGUUGCUACGACUAUAAUAUCCGGAUAGAUUCUUGGAGUUUCCUUCUUGUCAAGAUUAUGGCACCUAAUAAGGAAUGGAUGCAACUUGUUCAAGAUCGACUUGAUAAUGCUUACAUACUUGGGGUGGAGACAUUUUUGGAUUAUGCUUUUACAAGAUUGAGAGAUACGCAAGAAAUACGUUGUCCAUGUGUCAAAUGUUGUAAUGCAUCUUCAAGAACUCGUAAGAUGGUUAGGUCACAUUUAAUAGUAUAUGGAAUAAUCGAAAGUUAUACUUUUUGGUAUCAUCACGGGGAGAGGUUAGGUGAGCCACAGUCAGAUUCUGAAUUUGUAGACGAUAAUGACAUUGAAAAGGAUGAUGUUGAGGACGAGGAUGAAAUACCUGAGAUCUUAAGGGAUUUAUACCCCGCUUUCAAUGGAGAUAAUGUGAACACCGGUAGUGAUGAUUUUGUUGAGGAGGAACCAAAUCCUGAAGCAAAACGAUUCUAUCGCCUGUUAAACGAUUUUGAGCAACCAUUAUAUGAAAGUUCAAAAGCUUCUAAACUUUCUACUAUGGUUAAAUUGCUUCAUAUUAAAAGUAUUGGUCAUUGGAGUAAUGCGUCAUUUACAAUGUUGUUGAAGAUGCUGAAGGAAGAUUUAUUACCUGAUGGAUCAAACUUGCCAGGUUCAUAUUACGAGGCAAAGAAGAUAAUUCGGGACCUUGGUCUUUCUUACAAGAAGAUUGAUGCGUGUAAGAAUAAUUGCAUGUUAUAUUGGAAGGAUGAUAAGUUUCUUGAGUCUUGCAAAGUUUGCGGCGCAUCUAGAUGGAAGGAGGAUAAACGUAACGGGAAAACAAAAUCUAAAUUUGGAAAAAAGAUACCAUGCAAGAUUUUACGUUAUUUUCCUCUAAAACCAAGACUUCAAAGAUUGUUUAUGUCCUCAAAAACAUCUUCUUUGAUGAGAUGGCAUCAUGACGAAAGAGUUGAUGAUGGAAUAAUGAGGCACCCGGCUGAUUCAGUAGCAUGGAAGACACUUGAUGAACUUCACCCAUCUUUUGCUACAGAGCCUCGUAAUGUUCGACUUGGACUUGCUAGUGAUGGUUUUCAACCAUUUAAAAGUUCCAAAACUCCAUAUAGCAUUUGGCCUGUGGUACUUAUUCCUUAUAAUUUACCACCUUGGUUAUGCAUGAAGCAAGAGAAUUUUAUUUUAUCAAUGCUUAUUCCUGGUCCUGAAAGUCCCGGAGAUGCAAUCGAUGUUUAUCUCCAACCUUUGAUAGAGGAAUUAAAGGAAUUAUGGGAAACUGGAGUGGAGACCUUUGAUGCGUCAACUAGACAGAAUUUUAUGUUACAUGCAUCUUUGUUAUGGACCAUUAAUGAUUUUCCAGCAUACACAAAUUUGUCGGGAUGGAGUACCAAAGGAAAAUUGGCCUGCCCAUGUUGCAAUAAAGAAACUCUUUCAAUUAGGUUGGAAAAUGGUAAAAAAAAAAAAAAAAAAAACAAUGCUAUAUGCGCCAUAGACGCUUUCUUCCUCUCAAUCACAAUUGGAGGAAUGAUAAAAAAUUCAUUUGAUGGCACUAAGGAGCGGAAAAAACCACCAAAAAUUCUAUCUGGUAAUGACAUACUUCAUCAAGUGGCUGAUUUAGAUGGGAUAACACUAUCAAAGGAUCCAAAGAAGAAGACCAAAAUAUCACAUGAUAGUAGGGGUGAUAAUUGGAAUAAGAAGAGUAUUUUCUUUGAUCUUCCAUAUUGGAAAACACUAUUGUUGCGACAUAAUUUAGAUGUGAUGCACAUUGAGAAAAAUAUAUGUGAUAAUAUUUUGGGGACAAUCUUAAAUGUGAAAGGAAAAACCAAAGAUACAUUGAAUUCUCGGAUGGAUUUGCAAGCAAUGAACAUAAAGAAAGAAUUGCAUCCGAUAAAAAGUGGGGAUAAAUAUGAGUUACCAACUGCAUGUUACACGUUAUCUCCUGAAGAGAAGAAUAACUUUUUCACUUUCUUAAAGAAUUUAAAGGUCCCAGAUGGAUUUUCAUCAAAUAUUUCUCAAUGUGUCAACCUUAAAGAUCGCAAACUUUCAGGCUUGAAAAGUCAUGAUUGCCAUGUUAUUCUACAACAUUUACUCCCACUAGCGAUACGCGGUAUGCUCUGCAAAUCUGUGCUUGAACCACUUAUUGAGUUGUCUAUAUUUUUCAACAUGCUUGGAGCGAAAUGCUUAAGAGUAGAUGAGCUAGAGCAAAUAGAAGCCCAAAUUCCUAUAACUUUGUGCAAGUUGGAAAAGGUCUUCAUUCCUGCAUUUUUUGAUAUCAUGGUCCACUUGCCAAUUCAUUUAGCAAAUGAAGCUAAGAUUGCGGGACCUAUUCAAUAUCGAUGGAUGUAUCCAGUGGAGCGAUGGCUAUACUUUUUGAAGUCUUUUAUUCAUAAUAGGGCUUGCCCAGAAGGCUCCAUUGCAGAGGGAUAUUUAGCAACUGAAUGUAUGACCUUGUGUUCAAGGUAUUUGCAUACGAUGGAAACAAAAUUUAAUCGCAAUGAACGGAAUUAUGAUGGUGGUGCUAUUGAAUCUGAUGGAGGUUUAGCAAUUUUUUCUCAACCUGGAAAAUUUUUAGGCAGUGCCAACACAGCAGGGGGUCUUGAUUCAGAUGAAUUUGAGCAGGCACAUUUUUAUAUUUUGAAGAACUGUGAUGAAAUUCAACCAUUUCUCGAAGAAUUUUCACAAAUUCCAGUUGAUAUGUCUAAAAACAAUUCAGAUAUUGAAUGGAAUAGACAAUUCGUUAGUUGGUUAAGGAUAAAGGUUGGGGAAUUGCAUAAACACGAUGAUAGUAAGAAAAUAAAAGAUUUGCACUCUUUGUCACGUGGUCCUCUGCCAUAUGUGACAAGUUUCAAAGGCUAUGUUACUAAUGGAUAUAGGUUUCACGUGAAAGAGUAUGAUACAGGUUUGAGAACUCAAAAUUGUGGGGUGGUUGUAGUUGGUGAGACUGAUGAAGAGAAUAAAAAUAUUGAUUACUACGGAGAGUUAACUGAGAUUCUUGAAUUACAAUUUACUGGGGGAAGAAGAGUGGUGUUGUUUCGAUGUUUGUGGUUUGAUGUGUAUGACCAAGAAAGGGGAAUUAAAGAAGAUAAAUAUGGCUUCGUAAGUGUUAACCGCCAGCGGUUUUUGAAAAUAAAUGAGCCUUUUGUACUAGCCAACCAAGCAUCACAGGUAUUCUAUGUUAAUGAUCUUUCGAAUAAAGGCUGGCAUGUUGUACGAAAGGUUCAACCUCGUGAUUCUUUUGAUGUUGGGGAAAAAGAGGACGAUGAUUUAGAGGAGCUACCAGGAAUCUAGGAAGCAGUUGGGUGUGGAAUAGCUAGCUGAAGUAAUUACCAGGAGGGCUGUUAGUAUCUCACAAAGAAUUCAAUGAGAUCGAUGGAAUUUAUUGAUUUUACAAGUUUCACUUUAUGAUUUGCAGUAAAGGAUAUUCUAUUUGGUCACUAUGUACUCAUGUUUGGUUUCUGAGUUACUCAUUUUUUUUUUUUUACUAUGGUGUUAAGUUGGAUCCUAAAAAUAUUCAUGUUUUGAUUUAUACUUUCAAGUACUUUCUUCACGAUUCUCUAUUACUGAAGUACGCUAUGAUCAUUGGCAGUAAUGAUUUUUGCCUAGGAUAUAUUUUUUUUAUUUGGUUGAUUAAACAUAUGAUGUUUGCUAAUUUAAGCAAUAACAGUAAGAUAUCAUUGGCAGUAAAAUUAUGAGUUAUUGCGUUUAUUAGCAAAUAUAAGAGAUGACGCGAUUCAGUCUGCAUAUUCCUAAACCUUGUUUGAUUGAUGUUCAACUGUUAGUUUUUUUUUUUUUUUUAAAUGAAGCUGUUAUCUGUUUUAACUAAGGAAUCUGCAACACUAUAUACUUCAUGGCAUCAAUUAUGUCAAAGGCUAGAAGGACCUAUAGAGCUUUAAAUUUACGCAA